AGGAGAAUCGGCACCGGGCGGGCGGCGCUUUUCCAGCGGCAGUUAGUGCAGCAGUUACCCGUUUUUUGAUUGUCUGUAGCCGGCGGCCGCUGGGCCUUUUUCCGCUCCUCUACCGGGUUUAUGAUCGGUGGAGCUCUCCGCAGUGUGUGCAGUAAAGCCCCGCGCGUUGUUCUCGCCAUGAAGCCGCAGGUUGUGUUCGUGUUGGGGGGUCCUGGUGCUGGAAAAGGGACCCAGUGCUCCAAAAUCAUCCAGCACUACAGCUACACCCACCUCUCCGCCGGGGACCUGCUGAGAGAGGAGCGCAGCCGAAAGGAGUCCGAGUUCGGCCAGCUCAUCGACAGCUACAUCAAGGAGGGAAAGAUCGUACCGGUGGAGAUCACCAUCAACUUACUGAGGAAGGCGAUGGAGGAGACCAUGAAGACGGACGAGAAGAAAUAUCGCUUCCUCAUCGACGGGUUUCCCCGGAACGAAGACAACCUGCAGGGCUGGGCGAAAGUCAUGGACGGCAAAGCCGACGUCAAGUUCGUCCUGUUCUUUGACUGCAGUAACAAAGUUUGCAUCGAUCGGUGUUUAGAGAGAGGAAAGAGCAGCGGUCGGACCGACGACAACAAAGAGAGCUUGCAGAAAAGGAUCCAGACGUACCUGCAGUCAACACGGCCCAUCGUAGAUCAGUAUGAGAAGCUGGGAAAGGUUCGCACCAUUGAUGCGUCACGCUCCGUCGAUGAGGUGUUUGCUGACGUGAAGCAACUCUUCGACAAAGAGGGUUAGCGCUCCAGAACCCGAGCUCUUCUUACCGACGUCCAUAAUGCUGCGCUUCAUUCAUUCAUGUUUAUCUUUUUACUUAUCGAAACGUAUUUUGUCCUUUUGUUUAGGAGUAAAUGUGAGUGUGUGUGUGUGUGUUUGUUUGUACAUCCAUGGUUUAAAAGGAAACAGUUAUAUUCGGUAAAUUUUAGCUUCCUAAUGCCAAAGCUUGUUUUUUUUGUUUUUUUUAUAGAAAAGGUGCUUUAUUUUUUGUCAACACAUUUGCAGGAAAAAGACAGAAAACACUGGACGCCUGAGUUCACUGUGUUUAACAUGCAGGAAAAGAACCGUAGUGGUCUGAUCUUAGACGGCCCAUGAUUUAUUAAUACAAAGGCCAUCGAGGGAAUACAGUUGGGUUCUGCUUAAUACAGACACAGUGAUGUCACUGACCCAGUUGUCUUUGUCUUUCUCUCACACAUUGUUGAGGAAAAAUAAUAGCAAUUAUUUUAAAGCUCUGGCAUUAAACUGCUUGGUGUCACAGAGGAACAAUAAUCUAAUAGAACCAUGAUAACAGUUAAAAGAACAUUUUUCUCAUGAAUGGUAGGUACCUAGUACUCUUAGUUAUGUGUUUUUACAUUUUAUCUGUAACCAUGUAUGUAUGUAUAGGUUAUUAUCUAUAUGUUAUUAAUAUUAUUUUACUAUCAUCCAACAUGGAAACAGCCUGAGAUGCAAUCGAACGAGGGAUGGAAUAUGGAAUAAACAAUGAAAUACACGCCGUCUAUGGGCUGUACAUGAACUGUACUUGAAUGUUUUCUGUUUAUCAUCUGUUGCCAUAAUCAAAGCAAGGCUAGUUAUAGAACAGUCUGUAAAAACACCACAGCACUGGGGUAGUUAUUUCUCUAUAACAGAAGCAGGUGCUAUCUCUGUUUUCUCCUUUUUUGCAUUGUCUUAUUUCAUGUAUAUUAAAUGUACCUAAGCACUCAGGCCAACUCUGCCGGUUGUCCAUGAAGGGCAGCAGGUCAGAACGAGCUUCCUCUAAUACGUGUAAAAUCGAGAGCUUUAACACAUACACACAACUUGCUGUUCUCUUUGUAUUUCUCCGCCGCUUGUGUCGGCACCUUGACCAGACAGUAGGUGUCCCAUUUGGACCAUUAAGGAGGUGGUUCUUCUUCCAGACUUCCCCUCCCAUACUCUGCUGUGGUUUUUAAGAAGUCUUGCUUCCCCAUAAAUGAGUAUUAUAAAGUAAAAAGAGUAAACUUUACAGUUCCUCACAGAUGAUUAUGUAUCAACAGCUUUAUAAUGCUGCGCUCGCCUGUAAUUAAGGUGUAAUUAGCAUUUAGUUGUAUUGACAAUGACCAUGAUCUAAGAGCUUUGUGCAUUUUCAGACAAUAAAUAUGAUCAUAAAAUCCA